UGGGAGAGGCUAAAACUAGUUAGAUUUAUGUGGAGGGGAGAUUCAUUUGGGAAGGGAUUCUGGCUGCCCUGGGAGCUACUGCAUGUCAGGCUCACUCUCAGGGCUCUGGUGACUUGUAGAUAACAGGAUUGUUCUGGUGGUUCUCUUCUAUAACGGUCAAAAUGGUGAUCAAAGUCUUUGUAGCCACAUCCUCUGGGUCUACAGCGAUUAAGAAGAAACAGCAAGAAGUAGUGGGCUUCUUAGAGGCCAACAAGAUUGACUUUAAGCAAAUGGACAUAGCUGGUGAUGAGGACAACAGGAAAUGGAUGAGAGAGAACGUCCCAGGUGAAAAGAAGCCACAAAAUGGAAUCCCCCUCCCUCCACAGAUCUUCAAUGAGGAGCAGUACUGUGGGGACUUUGAAUCCUUCUUCUCUGCCAAGGAAGAAAACAUUAUUUAUUCAUUCCUGGGUCUGGCACCUCCUCCAGGUACAAAGGAGGUGAAAACUGCUGAAGAGACAUCAAACCUUCCAAACGGUGAAGUUUCGGGUGAAGAGCACAAAGUUGUGGAAGAGACUGAAAAGUCUGAAGUAACUGAAGAAAAUGAGGCACACACAGAAGACAAUGUAGAUGCAGUCGCUAAUUCUAUUGAACUGCCAUCAGAAGAGCAACAGGAAGAGAAAGAAGAAGAAGAACAGGAGGAAGAGGAAGAAUCUUAG